CAAACACACACACACACACACACACACAGUGGUCAGAAUGACACAGGUCUGAACAGAGGGAGGUGAUCUCUGAAAUUGCUCAGUGAGCUUUGCUAAUUUCCUUGAUUUGUCAAGCUGUCAAUCAAACCCAAUGGAAACCAAUCAGAAGGCAGGAGGAGAGGAACUAGUGGGAGCACAGAAGGAGGCGGGGCUAAGGGCACUGGUGCAGAGGACGGGGUACCGGCUCCAGCAGGAGAAUGGCCAGCGGCGAUAUGGCGGCCCCCCGCCCGGCUGGGACGGGCCGCCGCCAGAAAGAGGAAGCGAAAUCUUUGUGGGGAAACUCCCGCGAGAUCUCUUUGAGGAUGAGCUCGUGCCACUCUGCGAGAAGUUCGGUCGGAUCUUCGAAGUGAGGAUGAUGAUGGACUUCAACGGCAACAACCGCGGCUACGCUUUCGUCACCUUCGCCAACAAACAGGAAGCCCGAGCGGCCACCAAGCAGCUCAACAACUACGAGAUCAGGAGCGGGCGCCUGCUGGGCGUGUGCCCCAGUGUGGACAACUGCCGACUGUUCGUGGGCGGCAUCCCCAAGAGCAAAAUGCGGGAGGAGAUCCUGGCCGAGAUGCGCAAGGUGACAGAAGGAGCGGUGGACGUCAUCGUCUAUCCCAGCGCGGCGGACAAAUCCAAGAACCGGGGUUUCGCCUUUGUGGAGUACGAUAGCCACCGUGCGGCGGCCAUGGCGCGACGCAAGCUGUUGCCAGGCCGCAUCCAGCUGUGGGGUCACGCCAUCGCGGUGGACUGGGCCGAGCCGGAGGUGGAAGUGGACGAGGACACCAUGGCCUCCGUCAAGAUUCUCUACGUCAGGAAUCUCAUGCUGCACACCAGCGAGGAGAACAUUCUCAAGGAGUUCAACGCCAUCAAAGCAGGUGCGGUGGAGCGCGUGAAGAAGAUCCGAGACUACGCCUUCGUCCACUUCACGCACCGCGACGACGCCGUCAACGCCAUGAAGGCCCUCGACGGGAAGGUGUUGGACGGGUCGGCAAUGGAGGUGACGCUGGCCAAGCCGGUGGACAAGGACAGCUACGUGCGCUACACGCGAGGGACGGGUGGGCGAGGAGGGCGAGGAGGGCGAGGAAGUUCGCUGCUGCAGGACGACUACGCUGCCCUCACCCUCGGACAGGUGUAUGACCCCACAGUGGCAUAUCUUGGUGCGCCGGUGUUUUACGCCCCGCACGCCUACGCCGCCGCCGCUGCCGCCCCAGCCCACUUCCGCUUCCCGCCCGCCAAAGGUCACGUGGCAGGUCGCGGUGUGAUGAGGGCGCCCUCUGUUCGAGAAGUUUACAUGAGUAUGCCUGUAGGGGCUGCGGGGGUGCGCGGGCUGGGCGGGCGGGGUUACCUUACGUACGCGGCGGGGGGCGUCGGCAUCGGCGCCUGCCGUCCAGGCGCCGCCCCCAAGCGGUCCGAUGACAAGCUGUACGACCUCCUGCCCGGCAUGGAGUUGACGCCCAUGACGCCGGCCGCCGUCAGCCUCAAGGCCGCCGCGCUCAAGCCGGCGCCGCAGGUUCUGGAGGAGUUGUGUGAGAAGAACAGCUGGGGGGCGCCGGUGUACCAACUGCACUCGGCCAUCGGACCCGACCAGCGCCAACUCUUCCUCUACAAAGUCACCAUCCCCGCCCUGGCCACGCAGAACCCCAACGUGCUCCCGUUCACCCCGAGCAAGCUGAGCGCCGGCGUGGACGAGGCCAAGGUGCACGCAGCCGAGCACACGCUGCACACCCUGGGGGUGCCCGCGGAGAAUGCUAGCCCCACCCCAGACGCUACCUUUGCGGCGGUGGCCUUCCCAGGUUACGCUUUGGCCGGGCCGGCGCCGGGGGGCGUGGCGUCCCCACUGAAGCAGGACGGGGUGGCGGGGGUGGCCGCGUACCCCGCCUACGAGGCCUACCCGGCCUUCGCCGUGGCCACGCGACACGGCGACGCGUACGGCAUUUUCUAACCGCCGCUUCGAUGGUGAAGGCGCGGGAUCGGGAACUGCUUUUGCUUUCUUUCUCCUUACGUUUUGGAAGCCAUUUUCAUCUGGUCUUUUUUUUUUUUUACUUUCUGUCUAUAAUCCACAUUCCAGGGACGUUUACGACAUUUUUUUUUCUUUUGUGAAGAAGCUGAUUGGAUCGGGGCUCAUCUUCACCCUAACAGUAUUAAAGCUUUAUUUUGAUAGGACAGCA